GAAUACUACGGUCGUGGUGCCUUGCCUAUCUAUUGGAGUGGAGAACCACAAGCUAAUUGGCAUCAAUUUCCACAAGAAAAUAGUCAACAUUGGUUGCUUGGUGAGUGAGAAUUAUUUCGAUUAAGAGUGAAAAAGCUACUGCCUACUACAGCACACCUUACUCCGAUUUGGUUGAUCUGAUAAUGGCCAAGUAACCAUGUCGCUCUUCUUCUUCAGUCGUGAAUCUGAUAAUCGAAGCGAGUACUAUUUCGCCCAGAUUCCGAAACAAAUUCUUCAAGCAAAUCAGUUGGAAGUUAUUGGAACAGGUGAGAUUUCUUCUACUUCAUCUGAUUUUGAAUCAAAUUAUGAAAAGCUUCCUGAUCUUAUUAAAGCAUGCUUAAAUUAUUGUUCCAUCAUCACUUUUAGAUAUCCUGUAAGAAAAGCAAAAAUAGUUAGGCUUCUGUUGGCUGCAUCCAUAUUGCUAGAAAUCCCAGGGGAAACCAUGGAGGACAUUAUAGAAAAGAUUAUUGAGGAUCUAAUCGGCUUGAAAAUGCUUCAGGAAAAUGUACAUCUUGAUAAGAGAGAACUAAAAGUUUCUGAACUAUAUUAUCAAAUCUUUCUCGUUGAAUUGGAUGAACAAGAUUUCAUUGAUAUAGCUGUAAGCUUACCUGUACAUGCUGUGAUAGAAGACGAUGGGAAGGACAAUCCUCCGGAUUUCAAAAGCCUUCAAAUUCAGUCUUUGUUUCUAACUACGGCUGAUCGACGUGCUUCUUCUUAUGGUUCUUCAGAAGGACUUUCUUGUAGUUAUAUGGAAGCUAUCUGCAGUGUGGAACACAUUUGGGUGUUAGAUUUAAACGGCAAGAUAGAGUGUUUGCCUGAUCGAGUUGGUGACAUGGUUCAUCUGAAAUAUUUAGGCUUGUUUUGUUCAGAUCUUGAUAAUCUUCCGAGAACUUUAGGUAAUCUUCAAGAAUUACAAACUUUCGACAUGAGAGCUACCCGGUUUAAGCAUAUCCUACCAAUAGAGAUGCUGAAUCUUCAACAGUUAAGGCACAUCUUAGUGUCUCAUAGAACUAACAAUGGUGAAAUUAAUGUUCCAAAGGGAUUUGGAAGACUGUUUAAUCUUCAAACAUGCGAGGGUGUUUAUGCUGGAGGUGGCGCUGCAGUCACUGAAUUGAGUACUUUAACCCAACUGAAAAAGCUCGAUAUUAAGCGUGUCUCGGAAGAUCAUUCGAGCGAACUUGUUGCAGCGAUAAUGAAGAUGACAAAACUUGUCUCGUUGAGCUUAGAUGCAGAGCGAGGUGGUUACUGUGACACCACACUUCUUCCUGAAAUGGAAGAAUUCGCUCCUCCGCCUUCUCUUCGGAAGCUAUACUUAAGUGGUGGAUUAGUUGAAAUUCCUAAUUGGAUUGUCUCGAUGGAAAACCUGACAACAUUAAGUUUAUCCAAGUCAAGGCUAUUGGAGAAUUCAAAUUCAGUACUUGAGCGUCUUCCGAACUUAAAACAUCUCAAUCUAUGGGAUGCUUACGACGUUAAGAGCAUUGGCAAAGAAUUUUGCCGAGGGGGUGGUUUUCCAAAGCUGGAAAAUCUCAUCAUUUCAUCUCGCACCCUAGUAGAAUGGACUCAGGUUGUGGAAGGAGCUUUUCCAAGUUUACGGCAUCUAAGCUUCCGUAACUGUUUGAAGCUCAAGUUUCUUCCGGAAGGACUAGACAGCAUUUCUACACUCCAAGUAUUAACAUUGUUGCCUGCAUACAACGACAUUAUUUGGCGAUUGAAAGGGAAAGAGCCUCGGCCUGCUACAAGAGGCAAAAAACAAAGCUUCACUACCACAUGCUCUAUAAUAAAUGCAGAACAAUCAAAACAGUGAACAAACCGAAAACCAGCAGCUAAAGAACUCGGAUCCUUCCUCCAUGAUCACUCUAGUGAAUUGGUUUUCAGUGAAAACCAAUUCACUAGGCUGCAAGAUCUGAUUGAAGAUGAAGGCAGAUUUCUUUACUCGGGCAGCUACGGAUUUGCCUUUAGUUUUACUGCAAAAGAAACUAACUUCUCUUCUCCAGCAAAGUGUAUUCGCUGAUAAUAUUCAUAUGCGUAAAUAACAUUUUUGAGUGAUGAGAACCAAA